AUGUUUUUAAAACGAAUUGUUUAUUUUAGUAGAAAAACUCUUCAUUUAUAUUUACAAUCAUCAACAAUGUCGACAUUUACUUCACGUAUAAAUAUGGUUACAGGAAAUAAUGAAUGGAUAUUUGUUGAUGAUGAUGAUUUUGAUUAUAAUCAAGAAUUAGCACGUUCAGCAUUUGCUGAUAUGCUCCAUGAUCAUGAACGUAAUAUACAAUAUGAACAAGCAAUUAUUAAAACUAUUCAAACAUUAUCAAAAUCUACAAAAAAAAUUCAUGUACUUGAUAUUGGUACAGGUACAGGUCUUCUAUCAAUGAUGGCAGCGCGAGCAUUUAAUCAAACAAUAAAUUCAUCUUGUUCAUUACGUAUAACUGCAUGUGAAGUAUUUCAACCAAUGGCUAAAAUAGCUAAAAAAUGUAUUGAAAAAAAUGCACUUUCUCAUUGUAUUCGUGUUAUCGAUAAACGAUCAACUGAACUUGAUUUAGAGAAUGAUUUACAAGGUGAUAGAAUUAAUAUUAUUGUUGCUGAAGUAUUUGAUACCGAAUUAAUUGGUGAAGGUGCUUUACGAACAUUUUCUGAAGCAUGUAAACAUUUAACUAUAGACAAUGAAAAUCUUCGUAUAAUACCAGCACGUGCUACAAUUUAUGUUCAAUUAGUUCAAUCAUCAUUUCUUCAAGAAUUUCAUACAUUAAAAAAUCUUUCAGAAACGAAUCAAAAAAUCAAAAUUCCAGAUGGUUGUCGUCAUUUAGCUGGUAAUACAAUAUUCGAUUUAAAUGCAAAUGAAAUCAAAAAUUAUAUUCGUCCAUUAUCAAAACCAAUACCAGUAUUUGAUUUUGAUUUUAAAUCUCUUAAUGAUAAAACUAAUUUUACUAAAGAAAAAAUUCUCGAAAAUAUUCAAUGUGAUUAUGAUGGACAAAUUGAUGCAUUUGUAAUGUGGUGGAAUCUUGAUAUGGAUGAACAAGGUGAAAUACAAUUAGGUACAAUACCUAGUUGGUGUUAUGAUGAUAAAGAAAAAGAACAAAAUGUUCAAUGGAGAGAACAUUGGAUACAUGCCAUUUAUUAUCCACAACAACCAAAAAUUGUUAAAGCAAAAGAUCAGGUAUCAUUAUAUUGUUUUCAUGAUGAAUAUAGUUUAUAUUUCGAUGUUGGUAUAUCACCAUUUCCACCUAAAUCAUUUACACCAGCAUUUCUUAGUCGUUCAGCUGUAGCUGGAUUUAAUAAUGAUAAACGUCGUAAUAAAUAUAUUCAAGCACUUGAAAAAUCUUUUUCAAAUCCAUCUAUAAAUCGUUGUUUAUAUAUUGGUGAUGGUCUUUUACUACCAUUACUUAUACUUGAGAUGUAUCCAAAUAUCGAAUUAAUUAUUUUACAAUCAUCAAAUAUUCAUUUAGCUCAUACGUUAGAAAAAAUACUUACAAAUUCAUCAAAACAAUUAAAUUAUCGAAUUAUUCCAUCAUUAGAUAAAGAAAAUAUAGAUUUUCAAACAAUUGAUAUGAUUCUAUCUGAACCAUUUUUUACUAAAUCAAUUUUACCAUGGGAUAAUCUUCAUUUCUAUUAUCUUAUACAACAAUAUCAUCAUUCGAAUAUAAAAUUAUUUCCAUCAAAAGCUCGUAUACGUUGUAUAGCAUUAGAAUUUGAUAAUUUAUAUAAAAUUCGUUCACCAGUUAACCAAUGUUGUCAAUUUGAUUUAACACCAUUUGAUGAACAAAUUCUUCAAGCAUCAUUAAAUGUUGAUGCAACAAUUGAACCACAAUCAUUAUUUGAAUAUUCAUCAAAGAAACCAACACUUUCAUCAAUCAUUGAUCUGAUUGAAAUUGAUUUAGAGAAAAUUUCUCAGAAAAAUAAAAUUGAAACGAUUAAUUUAGAUAUUCCAUUUAAUGUUGAUGGUAUUUGUAAUGGUAUUGCAUUUUGGAUUGAUUAUCAAUUAGAAGAUAAUAUAUGGUUAACAACUGGUAUUGAAAAUGAAAAUGAUUCUUGGGCUAAUUAUUCAAAACAAGGUGUUCAUCUUCUAUUAAAACCAAUUGAAAUAAAAUCAGGCAUGAAAUUAUCAAUUAAUGCAGCUUUUGAUUUUCAAAAAGGACAAUUUAGUUUUAAUAUUAUUUCUUAA